ACGUCAAUGUUUAUGUGCCGUGUAUGUAACCAUCAAGGACUCUGCAAUGUGAUUCCGGCUCCUGCAGCCGUUUGUCGCCGAUCGAGCCGCCGUUCCUGCACCAGAGCCGCACAUGGGGGACCACUAGCCGCCGAACCACGGAAGAGGCCGAGGAAAAGGCAGGGAUGGCAGCCUUGAAGGGCUGCCAGAAGAUCCGCGGUCCGCAGAUCCGGACGCUGCUGGAGGCGAAGGACUUCUUCCUGUUCGACUGUGACGGAGUGAUCUGGCACGGCGAGACGGAGAUCAGCGGCGCCGCUCAGGUGGUCACCUCCCUGAUGCGGCGGGGCAAGAACGUGGUGUUCGUCACCAACAACUGCACCAGGCCGCGGGAGAAUUACGUGCACAAGUUCUGCCGGCUGGGCUUCACCGACGUCAUGCUGGAUCAGAUCUUCAGCUCGUCCUACUGUUCGGCUCUCUACCUGCGCGACGUGGUCCAGGUCCGCGGGCAGGUGUUCGUGCUGGGCUGCGAGGGUCUCCGCAGGGAGCUGCAGCAGGCGGGGGUCCCCUGCCUGGAGGAGGCGGACGACCCCGACGCCACCAUUUACAACUGCGCCCUGGCUCCGGACGUCAAGGCGGUGCUGGUGGGACACGACGACAAACUGACUUUUCUCAAACUGGCCAAAGCCUCGUGCUACCUGAAGGACCCGGAGUGUCUGUUCCUGGCCACCGACACCGACCCGUGGCACCCGCUGACCGGGGGCAGGAUACUGCCAGGUUCUGGUUCCCUCACUGCAGCUCUGGAGGUCGCCUCGGGUCGCAAGGCCACUGUGAUCGGCAAACCCAGCCGCUUCAUGUUCGAGUGCAUCUCCAGCCAGUUCCGGGGCGUGGACCCGGCCCAGUGCCUGAUGGUGGGCGACCGCCUGGAGACGGACAUGCUGUUCGGGUCCAACUGCGGCCUGGACACCAUGCUGACCCUCACCGGCGUGUCUCAGAUCGAGGAAGCGCACGAGUACAGAGAUAGCGAUCAGCCCGGCAACCUGGGCCUGGUGCCGGACUACGUGGUGGACACCAUCGCCGACUUCUUACCCGCGUUUGAGGAGCUAGAAGAAUCCAGCGACUGAAUGAAACGUCGAUGUAAAUCUAAGCUAGUCUUUCCAUGUUCCAGUGCAUUCCUGUGUUCCAGUUUUGUGGUGCUCAUUCGUGACCCGACUGUGUUGAAAAAUUGUUCCGACAUUCAUUCAUUCAUUUGUCUCCGAGGUGGACGUUUUCAUCUUCUCGCCUCCGCCAGAUUGGAUCCACCUUCUUAUCUACUAACUGCUGCUCUAAUAGAGACAUUACGACAAUCUGACCGCUGGAGUUUGAUCUUUGAGCAGUGAUUCGUUUUAAACCGUCGUAGCGACGCUCACAGGCACCGCUGUAAGACCUCAGUGUAGAUGUUUGACCAUAUCGAGCAUGUCGGCAACAAUAAAGGAC